CAUGGACGAGGAAGAGUUCUACCUGUUCAAGAACGUGUCGUCGGUGGGGCCCUGGGAUGGGCCCCAGUACCACAUCGCGCCCAUGUGGACCUUCUACCUGCAGACCAUCUUCAUGGGCUUGGUGUUCGUGGCGGGCACCCCCCUGAACGCCAUCGUCCUCAUCGUCACCGUCAAGUACAAGAAGCUGCGGCAGCCGCUCAACUACAUCCUGGUGAACAUCUCCGUCAGCGGCCUCAUGAUGUGCAUCUUCUGCAUCUUCACCGUCUUCGUCUCCAGUUCCCAGGGAUACUUCGUCUUCGGGAAGCACAUGUGUGCCUUUGAGGGCUUUGCAGGGGCCACCGGAGGGAUGGUGACAGGGUGGUCCUUGGCCUUCCUGGCCUUCGAGCGCUACAUCGUCAUCUGCAAACCCUUCGGCAACUUCCGCUUCAACUCCCGCCACGCGCUGCUGGUGGUGGCGGCCACCUGGAUCAUCGGCAUCGGCGUCGCCAUCCCCCCCUUCUUCGGCUGGAGCAGGUACGUCGCCGAGGGGCUGCAGUGCUCCUGCGGCCCUGACUGGUACACGGUGGGCACCAAGUACAAGAGCGAGUACUACACCUGGUUCCUCUUCGUCUUCUGCUUCAUCAUCCCCCUCUCCCUCAUCAUCUUCUCCUACUCCCAGCUGCUCAGCGCCCUGCGGGCCGUGGCAGCGCAGCAGCAGGAGUCGGCCACGACGCAGAAGGCAGAGCGGGAGGUGUCACGCAUGGUGGUGGUCAUGGUCGGGUCCUUCUGCCUGUGCUACGUGCCCUACGCGGCGCUGGCCAUGUACAUGGUGAACAACCGCGAGCACGGCAUCGACCUGCGCCUCGUCACCGUCCCUGCCUUCUUCUCCAAGAGCUCCUGCGUCUACAACCCCAUCAUCUACUGCUUCAUGAACAAACAGUUCCGCGCCUGCAUCAUGGAGACGGUCUGCGGCCGGCCCAUGACAGACGACUCCGAAGUGUCCAGCUCGGCCCAGCGCACCGAGGUCUCCUCCGUGUCCUCCAGCCAGGUCGGCCCCAGCUGAGGGGCUCUGACACCGCCCCGGCCCCCAGGACCCCCGGCUGCCCCCCGCUGUCCCCCCACCGUGGGGCCGGCGCUGCCCUGGGGGCGCGGGGGCCGC